CACACAAAAAAAGAAUCAACAAAUUAAAUAAUUAAUCCAAUUCAAGCUGAGCUAACAUCCAAGCUAAGAAAUGGAAGGACUAAUCCCAUAUCUGCUCCACGCCAUGAAGAAGAAGAAGAAGCAAGGGCAUCAUUGCCGCCGCCACAGCUAUGGCCGGUGCCUCUCCGACACCUCCAACCGGAGCUACCGUCCGCUCAUCGGAGCUGGUGAUGAAUCCGCCGCCGCGGAGGGCUCUUCUUCCCAUCACCGGAGAACCGUCUCCGACUUCCAGCUACCGCCACCUGCCGCUCUCGAUCUGGAGCACUCGUCCGUUGUAAAGAGCUUCAAGAAAGAAUCGGUUGCUGGUUUUCCGGCGAUAUCUCCGGCUGCCAAAUCGUCAAAGUUAUUAAUGCCCCAUUAUUCCGUCCAGCUGGUACAUACUACAUAAUCUGAAAGCAGCGGCCGACCUAGGAUAGUGCAAGUGGGGUCACUUGCACCCAUUCCAACUAAAAUUAUUUAUUAGUAGUAAUAUGUAAUUAGACUAAAGGCAUCUAAGAAAAGUAUAUUUAUAUGUGAUUAGGUGCUAUUUCUUGAAAACAGAAAACAUUUUUAUAGUUGUGUAGAACUUUAUGUUUUAAUUCUUUUAGAUUUGGAAAACUAAUUAAACUUUCAUUUUGAAACCUAAUUAUAAAAUGUUCAAUUCUUUUGGAAUGUAUGAACAAGUUUAAUUGUUUUAAAAUGAUUCCUAAAAUAUACUUAGUAUUUGAAGAAAUGUCUAGAAUUAGU